AUGCGCGUCGCGUCGCGUCCAUCACUGUCGACCAAGCACCGGGGGUCACGCGCGCACGCGUCGCGUCCGAGCGCGGUGCGACGCCGAGAAAGACGCGCGGUGGUCGAGCCAGCCGCCACUCGACUGUACGCAUUCUCUCCCGACGACGACCGCGUCGACGACGACGGACGACGCGACGCGUACGGCUACGACGACGCCGAUGAACGCGAGCGUCGACGACGGGAGAAGACGCGGGCGGCGGAGCGUCGAGGUGGGUUUAAGAUUUUGGAACGCGCGCCGUCGCGGGCGGAGGCGACGCGAGACGGGCGCGGGAGCGAAAACGAGGAGUACGGGCGUCGAUUUGAAGACGACGGCGGACGAGGACGGCGGGAUGGAUACGAGAGACGGGGUGGAGGACGCGGACGUGGGCGAUUCGGACGGGGGGGGCGCGGUGGACGAGGCGGGCGAGACGGGCGAGACGCCGCGCGCGGCGGAGAGCGGCGCGAGCGCGGAUUCGCGCGAGGGCGAGACGACGAUCGGUAUCGCGACGAUGGACCGUCGUACUCGCGUGAAGAUGAGUACGAGGGGGACGAACCCGAUGACGAGGUGGAUUGGAUCUUACAAGGUCUCGAGGACGAACUCGAGGACGGGCGUCGGUGGGGGGAGAGGCAGAACAAGGCGUACCUCCCGGAGCUCCUGAGCAAGUACGUGGAGGAUGAUUUCGAGCCGAUGGUGUACACGAGAGAGCCAGACGAUUUAGAUGAGUACUCCUUCUUCUCUGGCGCGCGAUUCGCGCAGCUUGGGGCGAGUGAUGAAGUGCGCGCGGCGCUCAAGGAGAGCUUCAAGAUUGAGCGACCGUCGCACAUCCAGGCGCAAUCGUACCGCGCGCUCAGUGGAGACGCCGCGGACGCGUCGCAGCGUCACAUCUUGCUCGCCGAUCAAGCGGGAAGCGGGAAGACCCUGGCGUACCUGUUACCGCUGCUUCAGCGACUGCAAGGCAUCGAGGCUGAGCAGGGGAGGAGCAAGUCAAAGCGGCCGAGACUUCUCGUGCUCACGCCUACGAGCGAGCUCGCGACGCAGGUGCGAGACGUCGUAAAAAAUUUGUCGUUCGGGGGAUUGCGUUCUCGUUCUCUGUUGGCGAACAACGUGAGUAAGCCUCGUACGCAGAUUGAGGCGCUCAAGGAGGGCGUGGACAUCGUCAUCGGAACUCCCGGUCGCGUCGCGAGACUCAUCGAGGAGGGUAAGAUGCUCACCGACGACGUCGAGGCGGUCGUCAUGGACGAGUGCGACGUGUUACUCGGCGACAGCUUUGAGUUUGCGGAGCAAGUGGCGCCGAUUCGAAAUGCACUGAGACAGGACGCGCAAUUCGUUCUCGUCACGGCGACGAUUCCCGACGACGUUUUGCGCCAGCUCAAGAAAUUUUUUGAGAGCGAUAUUCGCGUCGUGCAGGGACCCGGUUUGCAUCGACCGUCCGCAGGUAUGCUCGAGCGCCUCAUCGACUGUAGCGGUGGAGAGAUCUUCGACGAAGAGUCCGGAUUCUAUCGCAAGUUUAAGGCGUUACUGCAACUACUCGAGGUGGACAGGGCGCAGCGAACGUUGCUCUUCUGCAACAAGAUCGAGACGUGCCGGAAGAUUGAAAACUUUCUCAAGCGUGCCGAUCAAGAUGGCGAUAAGUAUAAAAUUUUGCCCUACCACGCCGCGCUUUCGCGCGAGCAGCAGCAACAAAAUCUCAAAGAGUUCAUCACGUCUUCGUCGAAGACGCCGCACGUGCUCGUGUGCACUGACCGCGCGUCUCGAGGCCUGGACGCGUCUCGCGUCGAGCACGUCAUCUUGUUUGAUUUCCCGCGAGAUCCGAGCGAGUACGUGCGCAGAGUCGGGCGCACCGCGCGCGGGGCCAUGGGCGAGGGCCGCGUCUCCGUCCUCGUCAUCGGACGACAGGUUCGCCUCGCGCGAGAAAUCAUGCGUAGAAACGAUCGAGGCGAUCCAGUCGAGGCGACGCCCACAAACCUCUAG